AUGGGUGCCUUGCUUCCUGGAAAGCCUCUCACGGCUCUGAGAUGUUCCCUACCAACAAACCAUGUGUCGAUGCAAGUGCGGUUGACCUCGACCUUGCAGGCACACGCACAAGCCGCACACAGACAGUCCAAGGCGGUUUCGAGUGCGGUCUCAUCUCCUCUGUCUGCUUUACCGGCUCGUGUCUUGCUCAGAUCACUGCUGGUAUCUACCGUGUCCUCGAAACGAUACAUCCUCAUCCCCGCCCUGUCGGUCAUGUCCUUCCUCUCUAAGCCGAACCGCAUCUGGCUCUUUGAUGUGGAUCGGAAUCCUCUGUUGCAUAAAAUAUUAAAGAAGACCUUCUAUGAUCAGUUCUGUGCUGGAGAAAACGGCGCGGAAGUCAACUCUACAAUGAAAGAAUUGAAAGAUAUGGGCUUCCGCGGCGUGAUCAUGACAUACGCCAAAGAAACUGUAUUUGACCAUAAGACUAAUUCGCAGCAUGGGCUGGGGAUUGCAGCUUUGAAAAGCGAGCAUGGAGAUGUCUCUAUCAAUGCAGUGGUUCGCCACUGUCCUAGCAUUGAAUCGUGGCGGGAAGGAACAGUCAAGACAGUUGAUAUGCUGGAUGGAGAGGAUUACCUUGCUGUGAAAUUGACCGGUGCCGGAACCAAGGUCACCGAAGCAUUCUCCGCUGGAGAACUGCCACCACAGCAGAUGAUAGAUGCCCUGCACGAAAUCUGUUCCAAGUGCAAAGCCAAGAACGUUCGGAUCCUCGUCGACGCCGAAUCUCAACAUUUCCAAAAGGGCAUUCACCGUAUCACUUUGGAUCUCAUGCGCAAAUACAACCGCGAUGGCUAUGCCUCCAUCUAUAACACUUACCAAGCCUACCUGAAGAGCACACCAACAACACUCGCUGGAGAUCUCGCUUCAGCAAAGGAAGACGGAUUCACUCUCGGCCUUAAGGUUGUGAGAGGUGCAUACAUGGCUUCAGACGAACGGUCCCUGAUCCAUGACACAAAAGAAGAAACGGAUAACGCAUAUAACACAAUUGCCCAAGGAGCAUUGGUGAAGAACAUCGGGGAAUUUGGCGACAAGGGAAGCCGCUCUUUCCCCUCAGUGAACCUCUUCCUGGCAAGUCACAAUAAAGAAAGUGUGGUGAAUGCCCACGAGCUCCACAAGCAUCGCGUCACCGCGGGCUUGCCUACUAUCCCUGUGCGCUUUGCUCAACUUCAUGGAAUGUCCGAUGAGGUCAGCUUCUCUUUGCUUCAGAUGAAAGAUGGUGAUGGAACACCUGAGGUUUAUAAGUGUUCUACUUGGGGUGGUCUUGGUGAAUGUCUGGCAUAUCUGCUUCGCCGGGCUAUUGAGAACCGUGAUGCUGUUUUGCGGACGGAUAGUGAGUAUCAGGCUUUGAAGUCGGAGACUUUCCGGAGGUUUAAAUCUGUAUUUUCUCUUUCAUCUUAG